AUGUUGGCGCAUGGUCUAGCAAGCAAUCCCUUGAGGGCUACUCGAUCUCCACUUACUCCGAGGGCGUCAAGUGCACCCCUGGGACUCGUCUCUUCAUUGGGAUUCAACAGGGGGCGUAAGGAAAAUGUAAAACUUUUUGUCAAUGUUGAUAGAUACACAAAAUAUAAUGCUCCUUCCAUUACACAGCGAUGUUCCAGAAUAUCACCAUUUGCAUCUGCAUCCUUUGGUGACAUGGCGGACUCUUCAAAUCCCAUUUUUCCUAGAAUCCAUGUGAAGGAUCCGUAUCAACGGCUUGGAAUCAGCAAGGAAGCAUCUGAAGAAGAAAUUCGAGCUGCCAGGAACUUUCUCAUAAGCAAGUAUGCAGGGCAUAAGCCAAGUGUUGAUGCAAUUGAGUCUGCGCAUGACAAAAUCAUCAUGCAGAGUUUCUUUGAUAGAAAAAAACCAAAAGUGGAUCUCAAGAAAAAAUUUAGGGAACUUAGUCAGUCACGUCCAGUCAAGGCUGUUCAGGGCAGAUUUUACACGCCAUCUAACAAAUUUAUUUGGAAGACAGCGAUUACUUUUGUCUUGCUUGGAGUGCUUACCCUUGUUUUCCCUACUGAAGAAGGUCCAACUCUCCAGGUCUUAAUCUCUUGUGCGGCAAAUAUCUAUUUCCUUUAUCAGCGGCUUAAAAGUGGAUGGAAAUCAUUCUUUUAUGGGUUCGGCUCCUUCUUUGCUUCCUGGUUUCUUGCCACAUUCUUGAUGGUAUCGGUAAUUCCGCCUAUACUGCCUGGUCCAAGAAACUUGGAAGUGAGCACGGCAUGUGUUGCUUACGCAUUCCUUUUUGUAUCAUCAACCUUCCUGAAGUAG